AUGUGGGACUUGCCACGUCCAUCAAUUUCAGAUUCGAGGGCCCAAGAUGAAGUUGGUGGAGGCCGAAGGAGCUCACCUGUUCAGAACGUUUACAACAGCCUCGACGUCCAUCUGGCAACUCCCGCCAAGGAGUCUCCGGUCCCGUCCCUCGCGCCCGACCACUCAUCAACUGGUCCCUCAACCAAGCCAGAACCAUUAGGGAUCAUACCACUACGGCAUGAUCAAGACCACCCGCACCAUCACCCUGGCGAACUCCGCUCCCUGGAUCAACGGGAAGCAGAGGUACGCCGUCAACGGCGUUCCUCCUUCACCCCCGCCGACACGCCGCUGAAGCUGGCGGACUACUUCAACAUCCCGGGAGUAUUCAACGUCGGAAGCAUCCCGAUGAGCCCGAACUCCGGCGGGAACGCGUACCUCCAAACUUCAGUAAUGGGCGCGAACUUCAGAGAAUUCGUCGAGAUCGUGUUUCAAAACUGGGAGGACACUGUUCAGUCGUGGCACGUCGACGGCCACGCUUUCUUCGUCGUAGGGAUGGACGGCGGGCAGUGGACGGCGGCGAGCAGGCUGCGGUACAAUUUGGGGACACUGUCGCGGUGCACGGUUCAGGUAUAUCCGAGGUCGUGGACGGCGAUCUACAUGGCGCUGGACAAUGUGGGGAUGUGGAACAUUCGAUCGGAGAAUUGGGCGAGGCAGUAUCUCGGGCAGCAGCUGUAUCUGAGGGUUUAUAGCGCGGCGCAUUCGUGGAGAGAUGAGCUGCCGAUUCCCAAGAACGCGCUUCUCUGCGGCCGGGCACGCCGCCGUCACACUCGGCCGCUGCUCUAAAUCUCUGUCUUUUCUCGAUCAUUCUUUCUUUCUUUUCCCACGCUUUGAUUGACGUCGAUGAUG